GCCCGCCCCGGUUGUUUCCCCUCCGCCACUUCCGCGGCUGUACCUGCUGGGAGGCUGAAACUGACCAGAGCGCAGCCUGCGCGCGAAGGAACAGCGCUGGGUGAACCGACCAGGACCCAACGGUCCAUCCUCAGAACGCUGCGGGCCUGGCUUGUUGCAACGUUCCAUCCCUAGAACGUGGAGGAAACUUUGUUCGCUGCUCUCCUUGCAACUUCACAUACUCCCUGGAAGUCCCUCUUGCUGCUGAUUUCUUGUUUUAUUUUUAUUUUAUUUGAAAGGAAAAGGCCCCUUCCCAAGCUGGGUGAACGUUUCCCCCUGUUUUUAUGCUAAGAGGGAGAAGGCUUGUAUUUAUUUAUUGACCUGUUUAAGAAUCCCAGACAAUUUAACUGAGCUCAGAGAUGCCUCGGGCUUUCUUAGUGAAAAAAUCCUGUGUGUCUGUGGGCAAGAGGAACUGGAGUGAAUUGCCUGAUGAAGAGAGAGGAGAGAUCUAUGUACCAGUCUGCCUGGGGGGCUGUGCCCUGGGCAAGGACUUGGAGCCCUCGGUGGCUGAAGCCCCCUCGUAUCCGAUGCCCCUGGACCUGACCCUGCGAGAUCCAAGCUACACGGCUGCCCAGCUCCCUGGGGGGCUGCCCCCAGCUGGGCAGCACAAUGGGUUCCUGCGGCCCAAAAUGAAGGUGACGUUGGGCGAGGGGCCGAGUGAGCUGUUCUCCUGCCCCGUGUGCCAGAAGGGCUUCAGCUACCAGCGCAUGCUCAACCGGCACCUCAAGUGUCACAGCGAGGUCAAGCGCCACCUGUGCCCCUACUGCGGGAAGGGCUUCAAUGACACCUUCGACCUCAAACGCCACGUCCGCACCCACACAGGCGUGCGCCCGUACAAGUGCCACCUGUGCGACAAGGCCUUCACGCAGCGCUGCUCGCUGGAGUCGCACCUGAAGAAGAUCCAUGGGGUGCAGCAGCGCUACGCCUACAAGGAGCGGCGGGCCAAGCUCUACGUGUGUGAGGAGUGUGGCUGCACGGCCGACAGCCAGGAAAGCCACCUGCUCCAUCUGCGAGAGCAGCACCCCGACAGCCCCCUGCUGCGCAAGGCCUCGCGCAAGACAGCUACCUCCCUGCAGAGUGCCCUCCCCACGCUGCUGCAGAGCAGCCCGCACCUGUGAGACGGAGCCCCCUGCAGGGCACCCGGUGCCCGGGAGACAGCACCCCCUGCAGGGCACCCAGUGCCUGGGAGAGAGCACCUCCUGCAUAGCACCCGGUGCCCGGGAGACAGCGCCCCCUGCACAGCACCCGGUGCCUGGGAGACAGCGCCCCCUGCAGGGCACCCAGUGCCUGGGCGAGAGCGCCUCCUGCAUAGCACCCGGUUCCUGGGAGACAGCGCCUCCUGCAGGGCACCCUGUGCCUGGGCGACAGUGCCCCCUGGGGGCUGGCCAGGGCCCUAUCCAGCACUGAGCCCCUGGGAGACAGUGCCCCUGGUGGGCACCCAACACUGGGGCAAGACCAGUGACUGAGCUCUGCUGCCUGGAGAUUGGACACCGCCUGCUCCCUCCCACCAGUGGCCUGGGACGUGGGCAGCACAUGGCAAAUGCUCCGAAGAAGCCCCCACCCCCUGUGGAGGAGAAGUCCCCAAUGCUCCCCCACCCCCGAGGGGCAGCCAGCUAUCCACAGGGCACUGACUUUGCACUGCUCCUUCCCCAAAGCCUUGGAGGAGAUGCAGGCAGCUCCCUUCUGUGGGCCGUGUGGGUGCCCCACACCCUCCCUGGGCUGGCACUGCCCAGUCCCCCAUAGGCUCUGCCCACAGGCUGGGCAGACAGGAUUUUUAACUAUUGUGCUUUUCUGAGGGGGCUGGGCAGCAGGAGUCAUGUGCCCCCCCAUCUCAACCUCGGUGCCAUCCCUGUCCAUCCCCCCACACACACUCAGGAAGAAGCCGGGGUGGCUCCAUUCCCUGCCCCCACUGAUCUCACCAGGACCAUUCUGCCCUGGAUUUCCCAGUCCCCUUCGGUCCCAUCCCCAGCUGUUCCUGCGUGAAGGGAGGUUUGCUCCUGGGCUGCUGCUGCUUUGGGGAAGGCGUUUACAUCACAGAUCCCAGCUGGCCCCACCCCGGGCUUCUCUGUGGCUGACAGGAGACCUGUGCUGGGGUGGGGCUGGGAAGGGGGCAAGGCUCAUUCAACUCCAGGGCCCCAACCACACUUGGGAGAAAUAUCCAUGGCGUUAAAAUCUGGGCACCGGCUUUGACUCAGGGUGGAGACGCCUCCUCGGAUGGAUCUAGGAGUUGGGGGAGGGAUCCUCCGUUUCUAUAGCGCCAUUUCCCCAGGCCCCUCCAUGCCCCUCCCCCCACUUGCAGAGCUGCCACUGACCUGGACAGCUGGGGGGCUCCUGGUGACUGAAGAAUGUUGAUCAGGGAAUUAGGAUUUAUCUGAAUCCCCCCCAUCCUCCGCCUUAUUCGUGCUGCUGUCCUGAGGCAGGGGGCUGAGGCACAAAUGCUUUAAUGGGGGAGGGGGAGGCUGUGUCUUCCCCCUGCCCUCCUUUCUGUGGCUCGACUGACCGGUAGAGCCACCCCCAGGUCCCCCUCCCCCUGCCUGCUCCCCUCCAACACCACCUUUACACAUCACAAAACACCUGGGCAUUGGGGUCCCCAGGCUCAGGGCAAUUCCAGCCCUCCCCCUGCAUUGCCAGCCCCAGAGCAUCCACUCACUGGGGGGGGGGGUGUCAUAGCAGAGACCCACACCAUGGUCUGCACCCCACAUAUGAGCAGCUGGGCUGCGUUACCCCCGCCCCUCACCUACCCUCUUGUGGACCCACCGUGACUGCAGCAGGGCGCUGCCAAAGACCAGCUUCCCCCCACAUACUAACUCCAGUCCCUUUAAUCUGGGGGUGGAGGUGGCUGCCUCUCCUCCUUGGGUAGAUACUGGAGGACUCUGCCAAUCCCCAGUGCCAAGAGGCUGGGUCAAGGGACCUGCUCCCAGCUUAGUGGGGAGCUUCCCCCCAGAGGGGACCCUGCAUUCCACUAAGCUGGGCUACUCUAAUUGCAUCCGUCCUGUCCCCCACCCCCUGCAUGUACAGCCAUGGGGCAGUGGGUCCUGGCAGGGGUGUAGUAGGAUGUGUUGGGGUGCCAGGGCCUGGAUCGUGUUUACAGUUUGGCUGUGGGAAACGAGCCAGUUUGUUAGUAAUUGUGAGUUUGUAUCUUUGUCUGUUUGUGAGUCUAUUAAAAUCAGGGAAUUGAACCAGCUCUGAGCUGUGCUCCUCACUCCUGUCCAGCGGCCUCCGGCUACCCCAGCCUGCAGCUCUCUCCCAGCGCCCAGGGGUGUGUCCCC